CUUGGUUUGCGAGCAUGGUGUUUCUUUUCUUCUUUUCUUCCUGUAUGGAGUCAGUUCUUGACCACGAGGAGGAGGGGAACUAGGUAGGAGGCUAGCCGGCACGUGAAAGUUGGCACCGUCAUGUUUGUUCUGUUUACAAUUUUUCCUUCCCCCUCUAUUCUUCCCCCCAAGUCAACCCAUCCACGUAUAUAUGUCUAUAUGUCAAGACAUCACUCGAUUUUAUAUGAAGUAUUGGUUUUAUUAACAAAAUAAAUACCGUUACCACCAUCAUAUUUUUUGUUACAAUCCUGUAUUGAAUCCCUAUAUAAGAUUCCAGCAUUCAAACAGCCCCAUCCCGUUAAAACCAACAUUCAGCUGCCAAUUACCCCUCAUUUCCUCUCAAAAUGCCUGUAGGCAUAAACCAACCCUCAAACCAGAUUCGAUUCACGAAUGUCUCUAUCGUCCGGUUGAGAAAAGGCAAGAAACGCUUCGAGCUAGCUUGCUACAAAAACAAGCUCCUCGAAUACCGCUCAGGGACUGAAACGGAUUUGGAUAAUGUCCUUCAGAUCCCCACAGUCUUCCUCUCAGUCUCCAAGGCCCAGACAGCCCCUGCUGCAGAGUUAACCAAGGCGUUCGGCACCAAGGCGUCUAACGAUGAGAUAAUUCAGGAAAUUCUGCGGAAGGGUGAGGUCCAGGUUGGUGAGCGUGAGAGGAGAGAUGUCCUCGAGCGUAUUGAGAAAGAGGUAAUAGAGAUCGUCAGUGCGAGGUUGGUUGAUCCUGUGUCAAAGCGGGUUUAUACCACUGGUAUGAUUUCGAAGGCGCUGGAUCAGCUGAGUGCUGUGAGCGGGCAGCAAGGUGGCACCGCUGCUCCCAACAAGGGUAAAGCUUCUGAGACUGCUGAUACGCCUGAUGCUGCUCCUGGGGAACCAGACACUGCUGAGGAGGAUGAGAAGACACCCAAAAAGCCGAUGUGGACCGGCGUUGUGACGAAGAAAUCUGCCAAGACUCAGGCCCUCGAUGCCAUGAGAGCGCUGAUUGCCUGGCAGCCCAUCCCCGUCAUGCGGGCCCGUAUGCGUCUGCGGAUCACAUGUCCCACGUCGAUCCUUAAACAGGCUGUCAAAUCUUCUCCUGGCUCUGGUGGUGGUGGCGGGAACCACGGGUCAUCUCCUUCGAAAGGUGGGAAGAAGGGUAAAAAGGGCCACGCGCGUUCCGGUUCAAAUGCUUAUGUUGAGGAUGAUGAUCAUGACCAAGUGCACGAGACUGCCGCACCAAAGGCGUCCGGCACAGUCAAAGAUCGCAUCCUAAGCUAUUUCGAGCAGGUCGAGGUACAAGAUGUGCUAAAUGCGGAUGAAUGGGAGGUUAUUGGAUUUGCAGAACCAGGGGCCUUUAAGGGUCUGAGUGAAUUCGUGGGAGGAGAGACGAAGGGGAAGGGAAGGGUGGAAGUUUUGGAUAUGGCGGUUACUCACGAGGAGUGAAGGGCAAGUGAAGAGACUGAUGUCUGUUUUCUUUGUUUUUGUUUUUGUUUUUGCAUUGGUUUGCUAUGCGUUGUUUAAUUUGGCCGGUACUUGAUAUCCAGAUGAAACUAUGGAUGGUCAUAACUUUUUAUAUACCUCCGGGCUUUGGUUUUUUCGACAUGUUGUUAUUUAUGAAUUUCAUACUGGUUGAGAAUAAUGAACCUUUCUCACCGGAUUACUCCAACUCUAAAUUUUGUUUUUCUACAAGAGCAUAUGCGAAUUUACAAGUUUAUCGUUUAAGUUCUUGCAAGUUUCACCCUUGUCACGGCCGAUCAGCCAAGCCAUAGACACCAAAGAAAGCCCUUAUAAAUAUUUCGCGAAUGGCAACAAACCCUAUGUUAACUGUGAUACUAGGUUAUUCAUUAAAUUCAGACCCAUUUCAACUCAGUUACCCCACUCGCUGCCUUCGAGUGUCAUUCAUAAUUCGUUGAAGGGGAAAACCAACUGGACCAAAAAACCACCGGAGAUAACCCAGUUGGUUUACAGACUGCGUUGGCUCCUGUUAUAAAAACUUGGUGCAGAGAGAGCGUAAACAAGGGAGCCGCAAUUAACUCAGAUAUGUCUCUAUCAAUCUAUAAGUAUAGACUCGCCAUAAGUUUGAAACAUUUUUGAACAUCAAAUCGGCCCGGUGUACUGCCAAAUUGAAUUUCAUAACAGUUUCAAAACUUAUGGCGAGGUACUGAAUGUAUCUAAACCUCUGUCUAUGUACAUGUUUAGCAUAAAUGCGCGGAGAACAAAGGGAUAAUAAUAGGCCACACAAAGACAGAAAAACAAAGAAAACAAAAGAGGAAUAACAAAAUAAAGCAACCUACAUACGAAUGACAAUUCAAUGUAAGAGAAUUCGCGCCACCACCCAGUGCUUAU